UUUGAAGCUCCCCCCCCACGAAAACACAACACUCUCAUCCUUGUCCGCUUCUUCUUCUUCACCCUCUUUUCACCUUACCAGUUAAAUAUCAUCACCACCGCCGCUAGCAUUCGUAAUUAAGUGAAAAAGAUGGUGAUUUCAACGACAAACACAGAUUCCGACGAGCUUUUGCACUCCACGUUCGCUUCCAGAUAUGUCCGCACUCCGGUCCCGAGGUUGAAGAUGCCGGAGAACUCCAUGCCAAAGGAAGCAGCGUAUCAACUGAUUCACGACGAGUUAAUGUUGGAUGGAAAUCCACGGCUCAACCUCGCUUCCUUCGUCACAACGUGGAUGGAGCCGGAGUGUAACGAUCUUAUAAUGGCUUCCAUUAAUAAAAAUUACGUUGAUAUGGAUGAGUACCCUGUCACCACUGAGCUUCAGAAUCGAUGUGUUAAUAUGAUAGCUCACAUGUUCCAUGCUCCCGUCGGAGAUGACGAAACUGCUGUUGGCGUCGGGACUGUGGGAUCGUCGGAGGCGAUAAUGCUGGCGGGUUUAGCUUUUAAGAGGAAGUGGCAGAAGAAGAGAAAAGCUGAGGGGAAAGCUUGUGAUAGACCCAACAUUGUCACAGGAGCAAAUGUCCAGGUCUGCUGGGAGAAAUUUGCAAGGUACUUUGAAGUUGAACUGAAGGAAGUGAAGUUAAGAGAGGGCUAUUAUGUGAUGGACCCUGUCAAAGCAGUCGAGAUGGUGGACGAGAACACAAUCUGCGUCGCAGCUAUUUUAGGUUCGACUCUGACCGGAGAGUUUGAAGACGUGAAGCUCCUUUCUCAACUCCUCACCGAAAAGAACGACGAGACUGGUUGGGACACUCCAAUCCAUGUUGAUGCCGCCAGUGGAGGGUUUAUUGCUCCUUUUCUUUACCCGGAUCUCGAGUGGGAUUUCCGUUUGCCUUUGGUGAAGAGCAAAAGCGGUCACAAGUAUGGUCUUGUUUACGCCGGUGUUGGUUGGGUUGUAUGGAGAACCAAGGAAGACUUACCGGAGGAGCUUAUUUUCCACAUCAACUAUCUAGGAUCUGAUCAACCUACUUUCACACUCAACUUUUCAAAAGGAUCUAGUCAAAUAAUUGCUCAAUAUUAUCAGUUUAUAAGGCUUGGCUUUGAGGGCUAUAAAAAAAUAAUUGAAAACUGCAUGGAAAACGCGAAAGUACUGAAAGAAGGACUCGAGAAAACAGGUCGGUUCGACAUCAUCUCGAAGGAUGUCGGGGUUCCCCUUGUAGCAUUCUCUUUGAAAGACAACAGUCAGUUCAAUGUGUUUCAGUUGUCUGAGUCUCUCAGAAGGUUUGGCUGGAUUAUUCCAGCUUACACAAUGCCUCCUGAUGCCAACCAUAUCGCUGUACUUCGGGUUGUUGUGAGGGAGGAUUUCAGCCGCGGCUUGGCGGAGCGACUCGUCUCGAACAUGAAACAAGUUCUGGAAGAAAUGGAGUCACUUUAUAGUCAAGUUACAACUAAAGGUGCCAUUGUCAAGAAAGAUAGCAGUGAGAGGGAGAUAGAGGAAAAGGUAACUAAAUAUUGGCGGCGGCUCGCAGAUGGCCGGAGUCUCGGAGCUUGCUAGAGACAUCAUCUGACUUCAGUCAGCAGUCGAGUAUUGUAUGUAUAUAUAGAAUCCUUUGUACUAUUCUCUUGUGAAUUGUCAUAUAUUUGUAACACUUCUAAAGUGU